CACAUCACACGAGUCACUGAUCAACAGCUGAAUGUUUCUACUGGUGGAAAAGACAAAGAAGACGACAGGAAGUGGUAGGAGGAUGACAUUAGCAGAAUAUCUACAAAGUCUAGCAAACAUUCGUAGUGGAAUCGCAGCUGUAGAGACCUUGUUUGUUUGAAUGCAAAUAUGUAUUUCAGACUCUAGUCCUAAUGAUCCUACAUAUGUUGCUUUUAUUUAGUUUUGGUUCUUCUCUUACUCCUCAGAUGCCACUAAGUGUGAUUUAACUCCUACACCUCCCACAGUGACAUCAUCACCACCAAUAAAUUAUUCAGCUCCAGACAAUAAAGUUACAAACCCAACAUUAGCAAAAGAAUUGCAAGCUACUGAAAACAAGGAAACAGUAAUAACAGAAAUAAUACAAAAUAAAACUCUGAAAAGCUCAACGCCAGGUACACCAGUGAUGAAUGCAACCACAUCAGAAAGAGACACAACAGUUGGAGCUGUUAGCAGACUAUUAAUAGUACCAAGCACAACAUUAAAUAUAACCACACUAGGACCAAGUCAAAACACAAAUGUUUCUUUGAUUAGUGAAAAAGAUCCUCACACAACAAUGACAAACGAAACCACAGCAAAAGAAACAGUUGAGACAACUUCAACGGCUGUUAUAUUGGAAAUGUCUCAAAGCACAGAAGAAAAACAUGAAUAUUCAAUAAGAACAACCAAAGCAACAGGAUUAGAAGAUCAGGGUGCUGCAACUAUCUUGGGAAUAACCCUAAACACUUCAAUUUCAAAUGCAAUUACGCCAGACCAAAGUCAAAUCACGACAAUGACAAAUGCAGUUACAGCAGAAAUAGCAGUUGAGACAACUUCAAGUGCAUCUAGGCCAGCGACACGGGGAAACAGAGAAACGGAUGCAUAUUCUACAGGAAGAACUCUAAAUACGGAAUUAAUAGCUGCAAACACACGAGGAACGGAUCUGAACACAAUCGUGACAAACGAAACCACAGCAAGAGAAGCAGUUGAGACGACUUCAAGUGCUGUUAUAUCUGAAAUAUCUCUAAGCACAGAAGAAAAACAUGAAUAUUCAGUAAGAACAACCAAAACAACAGGAUUAGAAGAUGCAACCUCACCAGGGUUGGCCCUGAACACGACAGUGACAAAAGUAACCACACUAGGAUUAGCAGAUAAGGGAGCUGCAACUAUCCUGGGAAUAACCCUAAACACGUCAGUUUCAAGUGCAAUCACGCCAGACCAAAGUCAAAUCACCACAAUGACUAACGAAACCAUAGCAAAAGAAGCAGUGCAGGCACCUUCAAAGGCUGUUAUAUUGGAAAUGUCUCUAAGCACAAUCAGGCCAGAAAAUCAAAAUACAACAAUGGCAAAUGCAAGUUCACCAGAAAUAACACUUGACACAAUAGUGACAAAUGUAACCACAACACAAAUUGUAGUUGAAAUAACUUCAAAUGCAACAAAACCAAAGACAACAGGACACUUAACAGGAACACAUGAAACUGCACCAAUAACCCUAAACACAAUGGUAUUGAAUGUAGUCAUAGCUGAACAGAAUAAAAACACAACAAUGUCAAAUGCAACUUCACCAGACAUGAUACUUGAUACGACAAAUGUAACCGCAACACAAAUGGCAGUUGAGACAACUUCAAGUGCAUCUAGGCCAGCGACACUGGGAAACACAGAAACGGAUGCAUAUUCUACAGGAAGAACUCUAAAUAUGGGAUUAAUAGAUGUAAACACACAAGGAACAGACCUGAACACAAAAGUGACAAAUGUAACCACAGCAAAAGAAGCAGUGGAGACAACUUCAAGGGCUCUUAUAUCGGAAAUAUCUCUAAGCACAGAAGAAAAACAUAAAUAUUCAGUAAGAACAACCAAAACAACAGGAUUAAAAGAUACAACCUCACCAAGGUUGGCCCUGAACACAACAGUGACAAAUGUAACCACAGGAGGAUUAGGAGAUCAGGGAGCUCCAACUAUCUUGGGAAAACCCCUAAACACUUCAGUUUCAAAUGCAAUCACGCCAGACCAAAGUCAAAUCACAACAAUGAGAAAUGCAACGUCACCAGAAAUAAUACUUCAUAUGACAAAUGUAAACACAACACAAAUAGCAGUUGAGACAACUUCAAGUGCAUCUAGGCCAGCGACACUGGGAAACACAGAAACGGAUGCAUAUUCUACAGAAAGAACUCUAAAUACGGAAUUAAUAGAUGCAAACACACGAGGAACGGACCUGAACACAAUCGUGACAAAUGUAACCACAGCAAAAAUCACCGUUGAACCAACAGUGGUACAUGAAGUUGCACCAGAAACUGUAGUACAUGCAACCAUACAGGGAAUAACCCUAAACACAACAAUGUCAAAUGCAACUUCACCAGAAAUAAUACUUGAUACGACAAAUGUAACCGCCACAAAAACACAAGAGUUUAAUGAAACCUUCACAAUUAACAUGGAUUUUAAUAACUCAUACAAUGAUCCAUCCAGUAAAGUUUAUAAAGAUGUCUAUGGUGCGGCUAAAAGCAGCUGUCAGAAGUUUCAGAAACAUGUGAAGUCCAGAGUUUGACCUUCAGGAGUGGAAGUACCAUUGCUUACUACACCCUCGCUGCCUCCUCUGGUGAUGUUUCACAAGUUAAAUUAGCAAAAGACGAAAUGUUAAAACACCUGGCAGAAACAUACCCGAUUGAGUCUGUUGAUAUUAAGUGUCGAGAUGAUGCGUUUGGUAACGGACCGAUAGGUUUUGUGGCUAAGUCGGGCUGCAAAGAGGGGAACGUGGGAGAAAUAACAGCAGUCUGUCAGUCGGACGGUAAAUACGGACAGAUCCAAGACAACUGCGAUUUAAAAGUUGUGAAGAACCUGCUGAAUCAGUCUGAGGUUUUGGAUGAGCUCACUCUUCCACUGUUCUUGGAGAGACUCAGCAAUGUGACUGUCGACUUCACUAAUGAAAUAACUGAUUCUCCAGCCAACAUUCAUGCCAUCGUGAGGAUCCUUAGUAAUGUAGCAAAUUUAUCAUCAUCUUUAGAAAUUAAAAUAGAGCAAGAUUCCAUGAAGAACAUCCUAGAAACUGCAGGCACACUCACUAUGGGCAAGGCAAAGAGAUCGUGGGAAACUCUCAACAACAGCACAAGAAACACUGAUGAAACAAAAAAUGCCAGCUCUGCACUACUGUACUCUAUUGAAAGAAUCACAUCCCGUCUUGUUAACAAGUCCUUCAGCAUUGAAACACCCCAUAUUUGUUUGAACAAAUCUACAUUCGUGAACACCUUCAGUGGUGACUUAAACUCCUCUGUGAAAAUAGACAUACCUAACAUUGGUGGACACAGUCACUCAAUAACUACCAUAAUAUUUGCUUCAUUGGAUAAUGUGCUUCCUGCAAGGGAUAAAAGGAAUUCAUCAUCCAAAGUUAUCAAUGGAAAGGUUGCACUUCUUUGGCCCGAAGGCGAAAUUACAAAUAUUGUUUUAGCAUUUGAUGUUCUAGACGAUAGGUUGAGAAAUCCUGAAUGUGUUUUCUGGGAUUUUGACCUCUUUGGCGGUCUUGGAGGAUGGAAUGACGAUGGCUGCUCACUAAGAUUCAAUGAAAACGGAAUAAUCAGCUGCCACUGCAACCACACAACCUCAUUUUGUAUUCUCAUGUCACCCAACAGUUCUGAUCAUUUUAUACUAACCUACAUAACAUACAGUGGAAUUGCAGUUUCCAUUGUUUCCUUGAUUAUAUGUCUCAUCAUUGAAGGCAUAAUUUGGAAAACAAUUGGGGACAACAUGACAUCGUACUUGCGUCACGUCUCCGUCGUCAACAUUGCAGUGUCUCUCCUGAUUGCAGACAUUUGGUUCAUUAUUGGAGCGGCCAUUUCAAACACAAAAAGUGCGCCGGCCUGCACAGCCGCUACCUUCUUCAUGCACUAUUUCUACCUGGCCCUGUUCUUCUGGAUGUUGGCCUCGGCCCUGCUGCUGCUCUAUCGGACUUUCAAUGUGUUUAACAUAGGUCUGUCUAAAACAGCCAUGCUGAUCAUUGGAUUCUCUUUGGGAUAUGGAGCUCCGCUGAUCAUUGCAACAAUAACCAUAACUGUUACUGCUCCCUCAAAUCACUACAUUAGAGAAACAAAUGUCUGCUUUCUCUCCUGGGAUACGCAUAAAACGUUACUGGCAUUUGUGAUCCCUGCCCUUACAAUAGUGGCUAUAAACAUCAUAAUCCUGACUCUGGUGAUAUCCAUAAUGUUGAGGAGAAGAGUUGGAUUGAUUGGAGCCCAAGCAAGAGAGAGGCAUGCUCUGUUGGUUAUUGUCAGGUGUUUGGCUGUACUGACACCAAUUUUUGGUGUAAAUUGGGUUUUGGGAAUCGGAACUAUGGUUUACCCAAGAAACUUUGGACUCGAGGUUGCAUUUGCAUUAUUAAAUUCACUUCAGGGUUUCUGCAUUCUGAUGUUUGGAACACUGUUGGACAAAAAGGUAAUAUCAGAGCUAGCAAAGAAAUUCUCCUGCCAGAUUAGGACAAGGACCACCAGUACAGCAUCCUCUUUCUCUAUGGGAAAGUUGUUCUGGAUGUUAAGAAGACCCACAGUUUCCCAAAAAGGCUAUCAUUGGUCUUCUGAAGGAUCCUGUGAUUGAUCCUCCAACACCUGGUAUUCGCUGAUGAUGCCUCCCAAUUUGGAAAGUUGACCAACUGAGCAAAACAGCGUUAAAGUCCCAGUGAUGGAAGUGCUUGUUUGAUUUUUGAUAUGUUCUUAAAGCGUUAUUUAUCUUGUUGUUUAUGUUGAAGGUGACACCAAAGAUGGCUUAUCUUUGCUUGUUUGUUACAGUCUGUCAGAAUCAGUACUUUCAGGUAAAUGAAAACAUGUUUGAUAAAUGUCAGGGUCCCUCAACUUUUACAAAUGGGGUUGAGAAGUGAAUGCUGCUGUUUUUACAAUUUCUAAGUUUGCAUUCUCUUACCUCAAAAUUAUGGAAACCUUAACUGAAUGUCGGGUACUUAAUACUUGUUAUGUGCUUUCUAUAGUUUUUUUGGUUUGCUUGUUUGUUUGGGUUUUUUUUCUUUUUGAUUUUUUGGAAGUUCAAGCAAAUGCUGCUUGAGUUUUUGAUGAUAUUGUUUGUUGAAGUAGUCUGGUAUUAAUGGGUGCUUUGACCCAUUAAUAUCUAACUGAUCAUUGUUUUUCUUUUUAUAAAUUAUAACCAUUUUAUUUUACUCAUAAAAAUGUUUCACCCGAAACUACUGAUCCUACUUUAGUAAUGAAAAUUUCUGCAAGAGCCAUAAAGUCUUUCUUAAAAUAAUCUUGUAACCUAUUUUGAAAGUUUCAAUCUGUAAGAUCUGUUUCCAUAAAGUACAUCUUUUUAUUUUCUAUACUUCCAUAAUCCUGUUCAGGAUUUUUCAAAUGUUAUGUACUACCCAGGAAUAUGUUGCCAUGUUAUAGCAAAUUCAAGUAACUGUUACCUUUAGUUAUAAAAAUAACAAAUAUGACUUAAAAGAAAUGUGACACCUUGAAAUUGUGCCUGUUUUUUUUUUUUGUUGUUGUUUUUUUUUACCCCUCCAGGGGGUUUUUGU